UGGACUGAAACGAGGAGUUGACUUGACUUGCGGUAUUUCCAUUUCCAUAUCAUCUGUGUAAAACACAAACCUCUAUCGAGAACAAUCCAUGGAUGUCGCCAGUACAGCCCUUGAAGCCUCCUCUUCAUCCCCACCCUCCUCUUCCACAGAACAUUGGAAAUACGACGUGUUCUUGAGCUUUAGAGGCAUAGACACACGCCAGACCUUCACAGACCACCUCUACUGGACACUAAAAGACAACGGGGUCAACGCCUACAUUGACGAGAACGAGCUAAGAAGAGGGGAAAAUAUACCAGACGAACUGAAGCAUGCAAUCGAACGGUCAAGGAUCUCUGUCAUCGUCUUCUCGAAGAGGUAUGCGGAUUCCACAUGGUGUCUUGAGGAGCUGGAGAAGAUCAUGGAGUGUAGAAGAGCAAGAUCGGGGCAAAUGGUUUUGCCAGUUUUCUACAAUGUUGAUCCUACGCAUGUCAGGAAACAAACUGGUAGCUUUUCACAAGCAUUUCGGAGACAUGAAGAGCGUUUCCGUGAUGAUAAAGAUAAAGUACAGAGGUGGAGAUAUGCAUUUACUGAAGCUGCAAAUUUGGCUGGUGCAAAUCUUAGAAACACUGAUGGGUAUGAAGGAAAAUUUAUAAGGAAAAUUAUCGACCACAUCACUAGAAAACUGAACAACACAUGCUUAGACGUAGCCACCAACCAAAUUGGAAUAGAAUCUCGUGUACGAGAAGUCAGUAACUAUUUAAAUGUUGGAGGACCAGAUGAUGUUCGCAUUGUUGGCAUUUUGGGUAUGGUCGGAAUGGGUAAGACAGCAGUUGCAAAAGCCAUUUUCAACAAAUUUCAUCAAAAGUUUGAAGGCAAAAGUUUCCUUUCAAAAGUGAGGGAAGGGGAUAUGGUUAAAUUGCAAAAUCAACUUCUUUGUGAUAUCUUGAAACCGGCCAAGAAAGAGGUAUGUAGUAUCGCUGAAGGGACGAAGGAGAUAAAAAAAAGACUUAGCAGCAUAAGGGCACUUGUCAUAAUUGAUGAUGUUGAUUGUCAGAAAAAAUUAGAUGAGUUAGCUAUAAAACGUGACUCAUUUGGUUCAGGGAGUAGAAUUAUUAUAACAACAACAAACGCGCAUUUUCUAAGGAUACUCGAAGUAGAUGAUACAUAUUUUCCACCAGCAAUGACUAAUGAAGAAGCUAUUCAACUCCUUUGUUGUCGUGCCUUUACUGAGCGUCAUCCUAGCGAUGAAGAAUAUCUUGAACUUUCAAGAAAAGUUGUUGAAUACUGUGGAGGUUUGCCACUGGCGCUUGAAGUUUUAGGUUCUUAUCUAUGUAAAAGAACCAAAAGAGAAUGGAGAAGUGCAUUGCGUAAAUUGAAAAGAAAGCCUCAUGGGGAAAUUCAUGAAAAGCUUAAAAUAAGCUAUGAUGGGCUAAUUGAUGAUGAAGUGCAGGCUAUCUUCCUUGAUAUAUGUUGUUUUUUUAUUGGAAUGAAGAAGGACCAUGUCACGGCAAUAUUGGAUGGUUGUGAUUUUGAUCCAUUAUUAGGAAUUGGAGAACUCCAUGAUCGAUGCCUUGUAAGUGUUGAUGAAGGAAACAACCUGAUGAUGCAUGAUUUGCUUAGAGAUAUGGGCAGAGAAAUCGUACGUGAAAAAUCUCCUGGCAUCAAAGGAAAACGUAGCAGAUUGUGGGAUCCUGAAGAUGUAACAGACGUAUUGAUAACCAAUUCUGGGACAGAGAGAAUUGAAGGGGUCACAUUAGAUUUGCAAGGAUCUCACGAGCCUAGCUUCAGUGCUGAAGCAUUGAAAAACAUGCAGGGACUCAGAUUGCUCAAACUCAAAGGUGUAAAGUUCACGGGGGACUGCAAACAUCUUUCCAAAAGGUUAAGAUGGUUGUGUUGGCCUGGGUUUCCUCCAGAAGCCAUACCAGAAGAUUUCAAUCAACCAAACAUAGUCGAUAUCGACCUGAGUCAUAGCCGGAUACAAGUUUGGAAGGAUUCUGACAUGCCACUUGAGAAGUUGAAGUUUCUUAAUCUUGGUUAUUGCGAUCGCCUGAAACAAUCACCGGACUUUUCAAAACUCCCAAAUCUCGAGAAAUUGAUACUCCAAGGCUGCAACAGUUUGUCUGAGAUUCACCAUUCUAUACUACAACUGAAAACCCUUAAAUAUUUGUGCCUUGCGGACUGCAACUUAACUGAUGAAGCAAUUCCUGAAGAUCUUGGGGAUCUAACUUCUUUAGAAGAGUUAGAUCUAAGAGGCAAUGUUUUUAAUGGGUUACCAACCCUUAGUAGGCUUUCCAGGCUUCAAAGUUUACAAUUGACUAAUUGCGCAAACCUUCGGGCGAUCCCAGAUUUACCAACUAAUCUGGAAAUCCUUCAAGCGGAUGAGUGCAUUGCAUUGGAAGAAAUGCCAAAUUUUUCAAGAAUGUUGUGCAUGAGAGAAUUGCACCUUAAUCGCUCCCCAAAACUUACUGAGAUUCCAGGCUUGGAUAAGUCGUUGAACUCCAUGACAAGAGUUCAUAUGGAAUGGUGCAUCAAUCUCACUGCUGAUUUUAAGGAUGCAAUCAUACAGGGAUGGAGUGCGUGCCGAAAUGGUUGCCUUUUUCUUCCUACAAAUGAUUUUCCUUCAUGGUUGAGGAGUGUCGACACCAAGGGUGAAAUACUCGGUUGUGCCCCAAAGUUUUCGGUUUUGAAUGAAAAGCUUUGACUAUUUGCAUCUAUAGUUCAAAUUACUUCAACUAUUGUGAUUUUCGCAUUUGUGCUAUCAAUUGUACCCAAUGCAUGGAACUUAUUAUCCUGCAGUGAAAAUAAGCAUGAGCACCGAUCGGUUCGAUUCAGGACACAUAUUUUUUAAUGGAGUGAUUGAAUGGGUAAGACGACA